UUUUUACCUUUAAUGACUUUCUCUUGCAGAGACAUGACUUAAAGCUGGAGGCACAGACAGACAUGAAUGUGCAAAACCUCUGGCUUCCUGUUUUCAGGAUGUCUUCUCUGACAGAUGCCUGCUGGAGGUAACCGAAACACACCACAGCCAUUUUUAUUCACCCUGGAGUGGACAUGGUCCAUUGGGCCACUCAUCUGGUGACAUGUGUCUGGAUACAGGCUGUAAUGUCUGCAUUAGACUCUUGUCCCCCAACGGCCCCCAUCGCUGUGGACUUCUCGGUGCCGUACCCAAUGACUUACUUUCAGACCCGCAAUCCCAUCCAGAACAUAGUUACCAACUCCCUUUUCCAAGAGGUCUACGUGGCCUCUCAGAACGUCAUCGAGGCCGUGAACAUCACUCUAGGGAAACUGUGGGAACUCCGUACGGGACCGGUUGCCAGUCCGGAGUGUGAGAUAUGCAAUUUGUGUGAUAUCGCAAGAGAUCCCUUCCAAGAGGACACAGACAAUGAGGUGUUGCUCCUAGACACGUUCCUGAUGUACUUGUACUCGUGUGGAAGUUCCCAGUAUGGAGUUUGCUUUUUCCAUCAACUCCAUGAAAAUGGAAAGCCUCCUGGGCCUUCGAAGUGUUUAUUCCGGAAGAAGUGA